GGAGUGGCCCGGCCAGUCCCUCCUUGUGCCAGCGCCAGAAGGCCCCCGUGGGGCGCGCAGCCGGCUAGGGGCAGAGGUUCCUGGUGACGCUGGGCCGCACCAGAGCUGGGGUCCCAGGUGCGGGUCGCACGCUGGCAAAGCGGAGUCUGCGCUCCCGUCCCCGCUGGAGACCCGAAGGCGCGGGCUGGGCCCGGCGCCUGAAGUGCAGGCGGGGCGAGGUUCGCUCGGGGCCGCUCAGAGCUGCCCUCCCUCUUCUUGUUGGCAAAGUGGGGAGGCCGGGGCUGGGCCAGGGCCAAGUUUUACAAACACUUGGUCUCCCCAGGAGUUCAAGGGGGGGAAGCAAGAGGCGAUCGGUUGGGGGCCGGGGCUGCCACGCGGAGGGGAGCAGCGGGGGCCCCAGCAUCCUGCAGCCGAGGACCCGGAGAAGCCGCCCAGCUCAGACAAGGAGGUGUUCCCGCCGGGAAAUGACCUGCGCGACCCGCGGUCCGCUCCCGGGGGGCCCCAGCCGCGCUCCACGAUCUGUCGCCUAGAUGGUUUCCUUCUGAAUGCCUGGGGAGCCCUGGGGCUUCCCCGGCCCCGCCGCGCCGGGAUGCUGGCCGAGGGGCUGCGGAAAAUCCCCGGGCCAGAGCGCCUUGCGGGCGAGGAAGAGAAGAGAGACGGAACAGGGAAGCCUCCGGGCGGGAACCAAGGACUGCACACUAGAUGA